AUGAAAAAACCACAAACGGUCCUCCUCACAGGAGCGACGGGAACCGUUGGAUCCUCCGUCCUUGCCGAACUCCUAGACAAUUCCAACUACAAUGUCACGACGGUGUUGCGGUCAUGUUCACGAUCCGAACCUUUUCUGCGCAACAAGUACGCUUCGAAAGUGUCUUCGGGUCGGCUCUCUUUCGUCGAGAUCCCCGACAUGGCGGUCGCGGGUUGUUUUGACGACGCCGCAAGUAAAUCCGAUUUCAUCAUUCACGUCGCCACCCCCUUGGCCUUUGACCCGACCCGCAUGAUGGAACACAUGGUCGAACCUAGCAGGGACAUGGUCCAAAAUGUCCUCUCAGCUUCAGAAAAGUCGGGCCGAGUCAAACGUGUCGUCGUCACGGGGAGCAUGGUCUCGGCGUGGAGGGUCGACAAGUUGUUUUCGGGUGGCACCAUGUCUUCGGACACUUGGAAUGACAUUACUUCGGAAGAGGCCGGUCAGAGUCCAAGCACGGCGUACCAGUUCAGUAAGGUUCACGCCGAGAGGGGUGCGUGGGAAUUCAUGCGUUCGAAACCUCGGAAUUUCGAUUUGAUCUUCUUGCUCGCCCCGUCCGUCACGGGUAGAGCACUACAAGAAGGUUACAAACCUUCGAAGAGUAAAUUGGGAGGUCAGGCUGGGAUAUACAGUGAACUUUUUGACGUGGAGAAACCGGGAUUUUUGUAUCCUUACUUCAUGGACGUACAAGACGUUGCAAAAGUCCACGUCAAAGCUUUAUCGUCCGACGUUCCCGGAAACGAACGGUACACUUUUCACCACACGAAAGAAUUCAUGUCGAGCAACGCAGCCGCCAAAAUCAUUCGUGAAGAUUUCCCACAACUACAAAACCGAGUCGUGAAACCGGACGACGAUGCUGCUGGGACUGGGCCUGAAGGUUUACACCCUGAUCUGGUCAAGUCGGACGCGAGCAAGGCUGAGAAGGUGUUUGGAAACCAAUGGAAAUCGGCCAGACAGUCGAUCAAGGAAACCGUCGAGGAUAUAAUCACUUUUGAAGAACGAUAA